AUGUCUCGCCCCAAGUACACCUUCGUCACGCUAUCUCCCACCGCCGCGUCUGUCUGCCGCCCUUCCUCUCUGCCUGACGCGGACUAUUCUUCCUCCUCGUCCUCUCAGGCUGGAGUCUCUCUUUCUCUGCCCUUGCGCCAUGGCGCUCCCUUCGAGGCUUCAGUCGCUUCGGCGACGGCGGCGACGCCUGCCGCGGCUGUAACCGUCGCGGUCGGUCAGCGUCUCGCGCCCGCGUCUCCCUCCACGACUGACGCCGUGUCGCUUGCUCUCUCGCGGCUCCCUGGGGACCUGCAGCGCCCGGCGGGCUCCGCGGAGCGUCGAACUCCGUCGUCGAGCGAGCCGCGCAGGUCGGGCGCCAGCGGGACGAGCACAGAUCCCGGAGACGCAGGACAGCACUCCCGCAGCGAAUCGACUCGUGGAGGCAUCCACAGCGAAAGAGAUGGAGAGACCGGUGCGGAGGGUCGCCGUGUGCGGCGCUCUGCGAGCCGUCUCCUCCCUGAAUCGCAGCACGAAGGCGAACACGGAGCUCCGCGGUUUCGCCUUCGAACUUCACCUGAGCAACGGGCGGCUCCAAAGCCGACGGCGUCGGCCUCUGGGGCGUCAGCGUACGCAGGCGCCUUGGAGGUUUCGCGCAGCGGGAGGAAACAUGUGUCUGUAGCGUCGCAUUUUCCCUCUCUCCAGGCUCUUCCGCCGUCUCGUCUGGGCGCCGCCUCGCUUCCUGAGGCUUGUCCGCCGCGCCCUGAGCCCUCGGUGGACGAAACGCGCAUGUCUGUGCCUGCCUUCGAUGGCCGCAAACUUCCAGCGGUAGCGCCGGAGGACGCCGCUGCGAUGCUGAAGGAAUUCGCGCUUCUUCUCUCCCGUCUGGAGGCUUUGGGGCGUGAGACGCGGAAGCUUCCCGCGCACGCAGUCUCCCACGACGAGCGCGACAGGCGCAGCCGCGAGCGCGUCCCACACGCGCCCUUCGUGGAUCUUCUUGAGAGGGAAGGUGACCAGAGGCUGCCGCAGGGCAACGCGCUGCGGAAGCAGCUGCAGGAACAGGCUGUCAUAUGCGCCUCCCUGCAUGCGCGGCUGGAGUACCUCUUUGAUGAGUCGCGAGCGACGCAGGAAACCCUCGAGAAAGAGGGCUGCCCCGGCGACAGGAACGCGCGGCCGGCGCCGCCUGGGGAAGAAGAGCCGCGAGCGAGGGGGCAAGAGGCUCCUCGCCCGACGGCGCCCUCGAGCGGCGGAGGAGCCUCUGCAGCUGAUGACCACACCGCGGACCCUGGCAGGAAGACGGGCGGGAAGCUCGCGCCCAGCGCAGACUCGUACUCACUCUCGGCUGGGGGCUCGGCUCGCCAAAAAGACGCAGAGCUCCGCCGAACUCGCGCAGAUGGCUCAGACAAUCACGCGGCAGUAGAGGAGAGGAGGGAAACAGGCGCAGGGGCGCCGGGGUCGUUGAAGCUCAGUGCAGGGCGGCGAGAGGACGCUUCGGCGUUCUCCGAAUGUCACCGGAGGCGGCUGCACCACUCCAAGCUUCGUCAGGACUUUGCGCGCCUGCAGGAGCAGUAUGGGCGGCUGAUGCUUCUCCUCGGAGUGCAGGUUCUCCCCUUUGGCAGCGCGGAGCGCGAAGAAGCGCAGGACUCAAGCAGAGAGGGCGCCGUUACGGCAUCAGAGACGCUCGGCCGCACACGCGCGGAGGGCGCGCGCGGAGGCGACGCAGCGGGAGCCGGGGGCAGUGGCGCAGCGGAUCGCCCCUGUGACCUCCUCCAGCUCAUCGACUUCAAUCACUUCGCGGGCGGCUUCCAGAGAGAGGCGACUCGUGACCGUCUCACGAGACCGUGCUUGCAGGCAGACGACGGAGGUGACAUUUCCUUGCGACGGGCAGACAGUGCAACGCCGCACGCAGCGGGCCUGCGCGACAAAGCACACGGCUCCCCCUUCCUGCCGCCGCUGGACGCCUUGACCGAGGAACCGUUUCUUCCUCCUCUUCGCUGCGGCGGAGCCGCCGCCAGGUCUUCGGUGUCCUCUUCUCCGUAUGCCCGCGACGCGCUAGCGGCGUCUGAAGCGGGCGAAGGCCGCACGGGCGCGUCCGUGGACGCCUCCCUCGUCCCCGCCUCGUCGCUGGCUGUCUGGCGCCCAACGAGCCUGCAAGAAGUCGACGACCGCCUCGAGGAGUCGCAGAGGCAAGAGCAGCUGGAGCAGUUGCGACACCUGGAGCAGUGCGUCCAAGUCUUGCACGAGCUGCAUCUCAACAUCGCGAGCGACGUCGCCGCCGCAGAGGAGCCGAUCUCGUCGGCGCUUGAGCAGACAGACAAUGCGCGCGAGGAGCUCACGCACGCCAACCGAGAGCUCAUCAACGCGAGUCUCCGGCGCAGUCAGUGGUGGGGCCUACACGGAGGCGGCGCGGCGGCCGCGGCCGGCGUCGUCGUCGGAGCCGCGGCGGCUGGGCCCUUUGGAGCCCUGGCGGGCGCGGUCGUCGGGGCCUUGCUGGGCGCCAGCUCGGGAGGGGCUCUCCGGAGACACCAUCGGCAGAAGCUGAAGAGAAUUGGAGAGGACCUUGAGAGGCGGCGGCGGCGCCGCCAAGGCCUCGCGAGGCGACAGGGUCAGCUGCAAGGUGGCAGCGAGGAGGAAGUUGAGGAAGGAGGGGCGGAAGGGGGGGCGGGAGGGGGGGCGGAAGGGGGGAGGGACGGAGGCAGACCAGAGGUGAGGCAGAGCCUAGUGGCAGCCCGAGGCGCGUAUACGGGCGGGCUCGGGCGAGAGGCCGAGAGAAGGAGACGAGAAAGAAGGCGCCCAAACGGGAUGGGGCCAAGGGAGGGCGUUCGCGGCUCUGUUCCGUGGGUCUCGUCUGUCUGCGCAUUCGGUGUUGCCGCGGGUCGCCUCGAGGGUAGGCGCGCCGAGCGGCACCCUUCGUCGGACACGUCGCCGCCAUCGUUCGCGGCUGGUGCGGCGGGGGCUGAGGGAGCGGCGGGCGCAGACGCGGCAUCCGAUUGGUCGCCGGCGCACUCGAGAGCUCGCGGGCCUCUCUCCGUCGCCAAUCGCUCUUGGCCGUCGUUGUCCUGCGCAUCUCGGUCUUCCUACGCUUCUUCUUCGGCGACGGAGUUUGAGCAGGCAGGCAGCCCGCGUGUGGAUGCUGGGUCCGCCAUGGUCCCUGAAGACCCGCGUGUCUCGACGACGAAGCAGACGCGGAGGGUGACGGCGGCGACUAGCUUUUCGUCGUCGACGCUCUCUGUUUUCUCGGGGUCGAUUCUGCCGUCCUCUUCUUUCCUCCGCCCUGCGAAGCGCGGAGGGACCCGAGUAGAGGCAGGGCCUUCUGCUGGCGCGCGAGGGCUCGCGGGGGCUUCAGAGGAGGGUCGACGGCCUGCGCAAGACGCGGCCGCCCACGGGACGCCGCAGAGGGCGCAGGAAGGGCACGUCCCGCGCAGAGCUGCGGCGGACAUGCAGCCGGCAAGAGACGAACGGAGGAGGGACAGACGCCCACGUCACGAGAAAGGCGAGGACAGCGGCGUCGCGUUUGGGGGGAGAGGGGGACCGCCUCAGAGACGAAGCGACCGCAGCGAGGCGUCGACCCGCCAGGGGUCUCCCUCCUAG